GAUGCAUCUUGUGGGAAGCAACUCCACGAAAGCUUCCAUCACUACUGUCUCUUCUCUCUUUUUUUGUUUGUUUGUUAUGGCCCCCAGUAAGGUGCCGUCUUCCGACUCUUGUGUGAAUAUUUAUUCUUAACGGCCUUCUUUUUGUGGUUGCUCUCCUGGAGUGUGUUCAUUGCUUCUUCUUUUUUCUCUCUUCUUGGAGAUAUAGGCACAGUUUUUUUGGUUUUGUUCUUAAUCUCCUGUUUCCUUUGUUUCUUCUUUUGUUUGUGUUGCUUGUUUUGGUUGUUGCACCGCAUCCUCCUGCUUGCGUGUUUGCCUCGUGCUCUCUUUUAGGCUGUGAAGUCUCUUUGUUUUACUCCGACACAUCCGUAUUUUAUUUAAACAUAUAUAUUUUCUUUACCAACGUGUUUGUUGUUGUUGUUAUUCAUAUUAUUACUUUGUUCCUCUUUUCCUUUCUUUUGUGUAGUAGUAGUAGUGGUUGUAUCAUUUGGUAGUGCUGUGUGGUUCGCUUCUCGUGAGUGCGGGUGUGCGUGCGCUUGUGUUCGCUAACACGUCACAGCGCGGUGCGACUUCUUCAUUCUUUUAGUGUGUUGUUGUUGUGGUGGUGGUGGUGGUAGUGGUGGCGGCGGUUGUCCCUCGCCUCUCUGCCCGGUGUACAUCGCACAUCACCAACGCUCGAAGAAGGAGGAACACAAUCUCUACUGUGCGUUGGCUUGUCGCGAACAAGCACACACCACUCAAAUAAAGGAAAACAGAAGAGAAGCAAAUAACAAUAGUACGAGCACUGUUCUUUCCUUUCCUUAUUUCCUUUUUUGUCUUGUGUGAUUCCUUCGAUGAACCGGACACGCGAGCUGCUGCGCCGGCCUGCGGGCGGUGUGGAGCCGAGGAAGCACAAGAAGGACGCGUCACGCGGCAACAACGAUGACAAUCACCCCAGCCGCCACUCGGCCUCCUCCUUUCCGCGGAAGGACUCCCAAGGCGCUGCCCGUGGCACCUCCAUCGGCAAUGGGGGCGAGGAAGCGAAGAAGUGGACGCAGAGGAUAACGGACACAAAGAUCUUUAAGCGGCUCCUGCAGCCCCCGCAGAUGGUGGCCGACAAGAGGAGCAACGGCGGCAACAGCAACUCGAACAACAGUAGAAGCCAUUCGCACAGCCAAGAGAGCACUGUGCCUCUCCUCGGCGAAGUUCCCGUCCGCUCGAGGUACUACCGCGCCGAGCAGCAAAACCCUCACUUCGCGACGACGGUCGAUUACCUGCCGCUGGCCGAGGUGUGCGGGCCGCCCCCGACGCCGACCACGAAUCUCCAACAGCCAUCACAGCAAGAAAAGGAAAUCGAGACACUACGCCGGCGCCUAUCGAUCUCCGGCAAGCACGCGCAGCCCCACAGCAGUCGCACACGCAGAGGCUCCGGCGAGAGCGACACCCUGUACGAUGGCCUGGAGGACUACGCGAUGCCGGUCGGCGAUGUUGAUGACGUCGAUAUGGGCGAUGCUGCAGGCGGCGGCGAAGUCGAGGAGGAGCAGUUCAUCGAAGUGGUCAACUACGAAGAACAGGACGACGGCAACAUGGGCGAGUACAACGACGGGGUAGUCGAGAACGGCGUCGGCAACUUCGGGGUGGGCGGCUCCUACAAUGAACACACAGAUAGGAAGAACACGGCGGCGGUGACGGGUGGUCUGCGGGAACAGCUCGUGCGCCGAAUCCCUGGCAGUGCGCAGCGGCGCCACUACCGCGGUAGCAGCAUGGGUAGCUGCUCGAGCACCUCCUCCUCCGUUGGGCCGACCGGGUUGGCGCUGCUACCGCAGUUUCGCUGGGUGCCACGGCCCGGUGGUGGCGGUCACGGGUUCAACCCUUUUAUGGCGUUCCGACGCGCGCAGCCCGGUCCACCGCAGCAGCAGCAACAGCAGCAGCAGCAGCAGCAGCAGCGGCGCUCUCCGUUUUAUACCUUAGACCACUACAACGUCCCUGUUUCCCCACAGACAACUCCACCGCACACGGCACCCAACGAGAACAACGCAGCUGCACCGCCGCUGCAGGAGCAGCAGCGCGACGAGAGUCGAAUGACCGCCGCGCUGAGUGUGGUUGGGGCCGUGCAUAGCGGCUAUGAUAUGUACUACAACACCCCAUCGCCUGGUUCGCCGCAGCGUGGUGUGUCUCCGCUGCACAACUCCUUCUACGGACCGAUUGGCACUUUGGGCAUCGAAGCCUCCCGCAAGCGUCGAGAGCUGGAGCUGGAAAACGGCGCCGCAGGGGACGCGGAGAAGGCGUAUAAGGCGCGCACCGCCCGCCGCUCGAACCUCUUCGAUGACGGCAGUAUUCUGUUGAUCACGAAGGCGUGGUGCGAGCCGGACAUGCUGCUCAGCGCGCGCGUGGUGAACUCCCCGUGUUUACCGGACGACGUGGACGACGACACGAGCAGCUCUGACAGCGCAAACUGCCUCGAGUGCGACGACAGCAGCGAUGACGUGGCGGGUGGGAAGCCGCCGGUGUACGACGCGGCGACCAUGGCGGCCCGCGAGGCCCGAGUGCGCAAGGAGCGGGUCCGGCAGGAGCGUCGCCGCUACGAGUCCGCUGACUCGCCGUCUUUCUACUUUGCCGGCGGGGAGUUGGCGGCCUUACAGCCUCCCCUUCCCUCCCCGUCCGCUCCGCAGCAGCCGAAUGGAGCAGCGUCGAGGAAGGGGAUGACGUCGCCUACCGCCCACAUGGCCCCUCCGUCUCCACCGCUACGUCAGCGCACGCCGCAGACCCACACGAAGCCCUCGCCACCGCCGAACAAGCCUGUGGCGGCGGCGGCGGGGAGAGAAGACGUGGACUCCAGCUCGUCGGACGACAGCAGCGACAACGACGCAGACUCGAGCACGGACUCGGACAGCGACUCCCGCAGCGACGCCUCCUCCAGCACCGACAGCGACGUCGACGAGGUCGCGAGGGGAGAGGAGGGAGAAGACAACGGUGGCUGGGAGGCAGACGGCGAUCGCACGCCGCGGGGUGACACCACCACGCAGGCCCCCACCCGUGGCACGCGGUCGUCGCCGCGCGGUGGUGGUGGCCGGGCACUGCCACCGGAUACUUCCAUGUCCGUCGUCCCCGACGCGUCUCUCGGCCGCAACGUCGUGGUCGGGGGAGACGCGGGGCGGUACGACUUCAUGAACAGCUCCAUGAUGAACGGGCCCGGCGGCAGUCUUUGGUUUCCGCACGAUGCGAACGAAGCGAGCGUCGUAGCGAUGACGACCGCGAUGGCCCCGCUGACGCCCCUCCACCGGCCUGGAGGCACCAGCAAGAACAAUAGCACGUCGUCGCCGGUGUACAGUGGACGUGGCGGCAGCACAGGUGAUCGACCAGGCGCUGUGGCCCCGCCUGCCCCUCCCAAACACGUUUCCAGCUCUACCGCCGCCUCCCCGACGGUGUCGUCGGCCACCGCGCACGACAAAGGGCCGCUGAUGGCGCGGCCCCCGUCGGGCAGUGGCGCCUGCGCUGCGAGUGUGCUACGGGAUAAGAAGCAAGCGAAGCAGACCGCAACCGACACACGCGCCAACGCGGAGUCACCGCACGGUGGAGCACAACCGCAGCAACCGCCACAGCAGCAGCGGCGGGGGAGCUACAACGUGAGCACGAACAGCUACGACGGCGGUGCGGGUGACAUGUCGGUCUACGGGAGCUCUUUCCACCUGCGUGAUGCACGGUUUCUGUACUCCCCCGCGGAGGAGGCCGUCGCGGCGGCGGCGGUUGGGGUCCGUGCGUUGCCCGGCGCCCGUGCGAAGACCAGCCCCCCGCAGCACCACCCCCUCCCCGACCUCCGCCAACGGCAAAAGCAACCAGCACCACAGCAGCAGCAGCAAGAGAGAGAGCACGGCGUCGCCGGCGGAGUACACGAUGGCGAUGCCCGGCGCCCAUGCCCACCGCGGACCCACAGAGUCGCCGCUGGACUUCAGCACGCUGACGUACGCCGCUCCGGCCACGUCCGCCGCGCACGGCAACCCACAGAAUCGCAACCCAGCUGUAUUUCCCUCCCUGUCCGCCAACGAUAA